UUUUUAGAAAAAUCUUGCAAUUAUUGUGUAUAAAAUGUAAAAUGUUUGGACUGAGAAUUUGUUGCUUUUACAACGUUUUUACCAGCAGGUGGCGUCAUAUUUAAGUUUUUCGAGCGCUUCGAUAGAACGAAUCUUUUUUCUAAGCAAUCGGUUCAAUUGAUUCGAAUCUUCGAAAAGCUUCGUUUCACCAAUCACUACUUCCUGUAAGUGUUGGCCCCUCCCCUCGGUGUCAUGGGCGUGUCCACAACAGACAGCAAAGGAGACUUCAGAAUGGGAGAGAGCUUCUAUGAACAGCUGCAGAUAGACAGCCAGUUCUUGAAAUCGGACCGGCGUUUGGACACAGAGUUGGUGGAUAAACUCAUCCUGCAGCUCAACAGAAUCUAUCCACAGAUCCUUACUGACAAGGAAGCCACCAGGUUUAGGGAUUUGGAUGUUCCCACAUGCGUCAGGCUGGCAGAGCUGCUGUCUCGUCUGCAGGAGAAAGGAGAGGAGGCGUGUCGAGAGUUUUACCGAGCACUGCACCUCCACGUGGAAGAGGUUUACUUCAGCUUACCCACACGUCUCCGGCUCAGGGAGUCUGGUGAUCGAGUUGAUCCAAUCGUGAAUCCCAAACACAGAUAUGUACUAAAUGACCGAAGUCCUGUAUUCUUCAUAAGUUGCUUCAGCGCAGCUGUCGGUGCCGCUCUUCUGUAUUAUUAUGGUGAGUCCAAGGAGGUGUCGGGUUCAAGCAGUGCACUCGGUCUGGCUGCCAUGGGUCUAAGUAGAAAGGUGCGAGAUGUUCUCAUCUGGUACACAGAAGAUGGAAUAUAAUGGAUUUUUUUGCUGCCUUUAAAAAUAAUUUUGACACUAUACAAGAUCAGAGUAUCACACAAAAUAAGUUUCAGAUCUCACAGGUGGAUUGUGUAUGUUGCUGUUUCUCUUGGCGGCAGCACAUAUGUUCAUAUAAUUUCUACAUCAUUUUUUCUACAUCAUUUGAUCAGUGUUUAACCUGAUGACCAGCAUAGAUGAUUACCAGCAUUUGUUUAGUAUAACUUCAUUGCAAAACACCAACUUCAGGUUUUAAAAUAUAUAUGUAUGUAGUGUAUAAAGUAAUUACUGAUGUGAGUGUGAAUUGCCUACAUCUGGAAAAAUUAGAUACCAAACAAACAUUGCUAUUUUGAAAUAUUAUAUAAGUACAUGCAACAGUGAAACUUAUAAAAUUAAUACUUCUUGAUUUACAUUCACCACUGAAAAGUAGGCAACUAAUAAUUAAUACUGGGCAUUUAGGUAUCAAACUCAUUUUUAUGCUCAAGGAUAAAGUUAACACUGGUUAAUAUCAAUAAUCUCUCAUUCAUGUACUGUAUAUAUCAUUCAUACUGUAACUGAUAUUUAUCCAAUAUUUAUCCUGAUAUUAUGACAAAAUGUGGACCCGAGUGGGUUUUAGCCUUACUAAAUGCACCCGUUAUGACAAAUAGAUGAAGUGUAAGUAUAUUUUGAGAUAUAAAGCUGAACUUAAGGAGUAUUAGGAGCUUGUUACCUUGUAAUACUUUUUGUAAGUGGUUAAGCGUUUUGUGGGUUAAGGUUUUAUAUUUUAUUCAUUGUUUCUAUAUAUUUUAUAAAUCUGUUUUUUAAUAAUAGCAGCAUGUUUGCACUGAAUUAUCUAUUAAUAAUCGAUCACAUUUGUCAGUUUCCUAGGAGAUAUUUCUAACUUUCGUGGCCUUAUUUUUGCAGUAAAAAAAUAAGAAAUAUUUUGCAAGAUUUGUAUGAAGAGGAAAAUACUAUAAAUAAUUGAGCAAUUUGGCUAGUCAGUCAGAUAAAUAGACGUUUUUGAACCCUGACAAAAAGAAAGAAAAUAUAUUUAGUAUAUAUCAUCUUUAAAAAUCUACUAUGUCUAAUGCAUUUGGGUAUAAGUGGAUUGUGUGCCUUUGUAAUAUGUAUAAGUUGUUGCCUUUGUAUAUAAAGCAAGUUAAGGACAAUUGGAAAGUUUCUAAAAUCUGAAUAAAUAAAUAUUGUUAUUAAUUUCA